GUUCAGGAUGGACAAAUAUUUAAUUUUCAUCAAGAAUAAACAAUUUCGGAAUCUCUCCUCAGUCUGCUCCUAUAAAUAUCCAGAAACCACAGCACAUUUCAAGCAUACAGAAGGCCAGAUUCUUCUGAGUAAAUGGCUGCUUUUCUGUUUCCAGGCAUGCUAAUGGUAUUACUAUUCAUCUUCUUCUACCCUCAACUAACCAUAUCACUAGAACUAAGCAACUUUACAGAUCACACAGCACUGCUGUCCUUCAAGAGCCACAUUCAAGAUCCCAACAGCAUUCUUGACAAAAGCUGGAACUCCAAUACCUCCUUUUGCAACUGGAUUGGAGUCUCCUGCAGCUCCCGAAGACAGCGAGUGGUCGCACUACGGCUCGAAGGACUCUCUCUUCAAGGCACCAUCUCUCCUCAACUUGGAAACCUCUCCUUCAUGGCCUACCUCGACCUCGGCAACAAUUCUCUCACAGGGCCCAUCCCCGAUUCCCUUGGUCGCCUUCCCCGCCUCAAAUCCCUCAUUCUCAAGCACAACCAAUUAUCUGGACGCAUUCCUUCCAGCAUCUUCAAUAUGUCAUCUCUAACUCAGCUCUCCUUUGGCUGGAACAACCUUUCAGGUGCUCUCCUCACAGAUCACAGAAGUAACUUUACUAUUCCACAUCUUCAAUACUUCUCUGUUGAGUCAAAUCAGCUCAGUGGUGCAAUUCCCUCCGGCUUUCUUCAAUGCCAAAAUCUGCAAGUACUUUCUCUAUCCACCAACUAUUUUAGCGGAAGCAUACCAACAGAGCUCACCAACUUGCAAAAACUAAGUAUUCUAUAUCUUGACACAAACUAUCUCAUAGGGUCAAUCCCACCAUCUUUAGGCAACCUUACGUAUCUCACCCAGCUUGAUCUCAGUUCCAACCACUUACAAGGUGAGAUUCCCCCAGAAGUAGGUGACCUAUUAAAUCUCCAGUGGCUAACGCUAGGAGAAAACACCCUAACAGGCGAACUACCGGCCUCAUUAUCAAACAUUUCCAUGAUCAGAGUUAUGGAUUUUUCAAUCAACAACCUCACUGGGCGAGUGCCGAUUGAACUGGGGAAGAACCUUCCGUUCCUAACCACUAUUGGACUCAGCUGGAACAAAGUAAGCGGUGGACUCGACUUCAUCAACUCUUUAUCCAACUGCAAGCAAUUGCAGAAUAUAUACCUCUUGCAUAAUGAGCUGGAAGGCGUCAUUCCAGAUUCAAUUGCAAAUCUCAGCACGAGUGUCACGAAGUUCAGUAUUCGUGGAAAUCGUAUCGCAGGAGGGAUCCCUGCAGGAUUUAGUAAUUUAACUAACCUAAUUUUCUUGAAUUUGCACAGCAAUGAACUGACAGGAAAUAUACCACCUGAGAUUGCUAAGAUAGGAUCGCUACAAGAACUCUACCUAGGUUACAAUAAACUCACAGGUUCAAUACCUCCUGAACUCGGACAGCUGAAGAGCUUGAAUCAGUUAAGCCUCGAGGGCAAUGCACUAUCAGGUACCUACUCAAUUGGGAACAUUAGUGCCAUGCAGUUCCUAUGGCUUCAUACCAAUAAAUUAUCAUCAAGUAUCCCCCAAAGCCUAUGGAGCCUUCGCGGACUUGUGGGGCUGUAUCUCUCACAAAAUGCUCUGGAAGGUAUAAUUCAUCCAGAUGUAGGAAACUUGAUGAACAUAAACCAGUUGAAUUUAUCCGCCAAUCUGCUGUCAGGUAGCAUCCCAGAUACUCUUGGACAGCUUCAAAUGCUUGAGGCUUUGACUCUGUCUAAUAACUUGUUCAAUGGUCUUAUUCCACAAUCUCUCGGUAAAUUAGUAAACAUCCAAUAUUUGGACCUCUCACACAAUGAAUUUUCUGGGCCUAUACCAAAUUCCUUAGCUGAUCUCCACCAUCUUGCUAACUUGAACAUCUCUUUCAACAAGUUAGAGGGGCAGAUCCCAAGUGGUGGGGUGUUCUCUAAUAUUACCUUUCAAUCUUUAAUGGGGAAUGUGGCAUUGUGUGGGGCGUCAAAACUUGGGUUCUCGCCUUGCAUCAUCAAAUCUACUAAUUUUCAUUCAAGUGCUAAAUUACAUAAGCUCAAAAUCAUCCUCCCAACCAUUGCUUUGUCAAUAUUGCUCUUCUCUUGCUUUUUUAUCCUUUAUUGGCGAAAGGGCAGAAAGGUCAUUUCUUCCUCCAAGAUCCCACAUUUACAUGAAUAUAGCUUGAUUCCGUACCAUGAGCUUGCUCGUGCCACUGAUGGUUUCAGCGAGUCCAAUUUUCUGGGUAGGGGAAGCUCUGGCUCAGUGUACCGAGGAUGCCUAGAUGAUGGACUACUCAUUGCUGUAAAGGUGCUAAAUCUAGAAAAUAAAAGGUCUUUGAGGAGCUUCGAAUUAGAAUGCUGUACACUGGGCAUGAUCAGGCACCGAAACCUUGUUAAAAUAAUUAGCACUUGCUCCAACUUAGAUUUUAAAGCAUUAGUACUCCAAUACAUGCCCAAUGGGAGCCUCGAAAGAUGGUUAUAUUCUCCUGAAUAUUGCUUGACUCUUCUUCAGAGAAUAAACAUCGCAUUAGAUGUGGCACAUGCGCUAGAAUAUCUCCACCACCAGCUUCAUCAAGUUGUAGUGCAUUGUGACAUAAAGCCUAGUAAUAUACUAUUGGAUGAAGAAAUGAAUGCACGUUUGAGUGACUUCGGCAUUUCAAAACUACUGGCCUCUGAUAGCAAAUCACUAGUGUCAGCAAGCAUAGCAGGCACCUUCGGGUACAUGCCGCCAGAAUACGGAUCAUCGGGAGAAGUUUCAACAAGAGGAGAUGUGUACAGCUACGGGAUAGUGUUGCUAGAAACUUUUACAAGAAAGAAACCCACUGAUCUAAUGUUUGAUGGGGAAUCAAACUUGAGGCACUGGGUACUUGAUGCAUAUCCCACCAGACUAUUUGAUGUACUUGAUGCUAACCUCCUCGGAGAUACGCUUGGUGAUGAAGGAACUCUGGAAGAUCACUCAGCAAGAAAUCGAUGCCUAUUGUCUAUUAUCGAACUAGCUUUACAAUGCUCAAGGGAUUCACCCAAGGAACGGAUUUUAAUGAAGGAUGUUGUCGCUAAAAUGCGGAAGAUAAAACUCGAAUAUUUCCAAAAGAUGCCCAACAAUUGAUGUGCGAUUAUAACUCAUCGAUGUAAUAGCUUAAGCUGUUGGUAAACAAGUUAAUAUUCUGUUCGACAGCUAAUAAUUUCUUAUCUUUUUGUGUCCUCCAAUCAAAUUUUAGCAAAAGUAAGCAAUCUGUCUACAUCGUGCAGGUUUAUGAUGGCUAGAAUUUCCUAUGACUGUUCUAGUAAUUUAGAACAUAUUCUUCUAGAAACAACAAAUGUAUGAUAAGCAUGAUCUUUGACCAG